AUGGCGAACCGUGGAAACAUUGAGGUGGUGGUUCCAGAUGCGAUAGUUGAAAUACAGCAAAUUAACUCCUUAAAUCAAAGUCAGGUUAUAGAUUUAAAACAGUGGAUGCAGAAUUUACCACAAAGACUCCAUAAUGUUCCGCUCAAUUGUAUUUCUAUUCCUGGAUCUCAUGACUCUGGAGCUUAUUCAGUCAGUUCACUGAAAGAUUAUGCACCAGAUGGGCGUUUUCUAUUCAACUCUCGUGUGGGCCAACUUUUGGGUUCAGCAGCCAAAAAAGUAAUGUGUGACUGGAUGAGAACUCAAGACUUGAACUGUAAGGAACAGUUAGAAAAUGGAAUUCGAUAUUUUGAUUUUAGAGUUGCAACAAAGCAUGAAAGUUCUGAUUUUUUUAUUGUUCAUGGAUUGUAUGGAGAUUCCAUGGGCACUAUACUGGACAGCAUCAAAGAGUUUCUUGAUUUAAAUUCGAAAGAGAUAGUAUUGCUUCAUUUUCAGCAUCUUUAUGUUAUAUCGAAUGAUGACCAUCACAGAUUACUACAGCAGAUUACAGACGUUUUUGGAUCCAAAAUUUGUCCUGUGGUACGUAAGGUAGAAGAGGUGACUUUAUCGUGGAUGUGGAGUCAACAAUACCAAGUUUUAGUGUUUUAUGUAAAUGAUAUCGCCAAUUAUCACCCAUUUCUCUGGACAAAAGAAUUCAUCACUAAUCCUUGGCCAAAGGUUAUAAAAGGUGAUGAAUUGAUACAGUUUCUGACUGAACAGCAUAAGCAGGAGAAACCCCUCAGAAAGUUUGUGGUCAGUCAGGGUGUCCUUACACCUUCAGCCUCUUUCAUCAUGAGACAUCCACUUUCCAAAUUCCGAGAUCUUGCAGAGUGUGCUCACUUGGCUCUUCAGGAGUGGUUGAAAGGGAAACAAGAUUUGAAUAUUGUCAUUUCUGACUUUGUGGACAUGAAAGAUUGCUGGUUUCCACGCAUGGUAGUAGGAUUGAAUUACAGUAGGUCUAAUCAUAGUGAAGAAGUAAAUGGUAAAGGCCCAAGGCUGCUUUCAACCAUUAGGGCACCUUAGAUGCUAAUACAUCAUCAAUGAUUAUCAUGCAGACUUACCUGAUGACACCAAUCUCCUCCCCAAGUGACCAUCCCUAAUUUAGCAGUGAAAGACUAGAGGGAGGGCAGCUAAUCAACACCACCAACUCUUUUACCACUGAAUUGUGGGAUUGACUGUCACAUUACAAUGCCCCCACAGCCGAAAGGGUGAACACGUUCGCUGACAGGAAUUCGAACCCACAACCUAACAACUAGGUUGUGCCAGGGCUGUAUACAAGCUUAGAUGUAUUUAUUUAGAUGAAAAUAAUUAUUGUUUGUGCACAAAUGUAACGUUUUAUAGUCAGAUUGUAUUGAGAAAAAAAUAAGUUUUGACUAUAAAAGUCUCUGAUAUAGAAGAGAAUUUUACAUAAUAUGUAGUACUCUAGAAUAUAUAGCAAGCAAACACUAACUAGCUUUUAUUAACUAUACUAAUUUUUAGUUACCUGCACUUAUUUUUUAAAAGUCCAAUUUAAAUAUCUUGUACAAACCAAUUAAAACAAAAUAACUACAGUGAUCGAACUGAGUCUGAACAGUUUCACUUUUUAGGGUUCAGAAAAAUGUUUUAAAAUAACUAGUAAUCUGAUCUAUUAUAUCAAUGUACCUAUUUAUUUGAUAUUGUAAUACAGAGUAAGAGUUUAGAUAUUUGUGUUUUAACCUGUU